UGAAUGCAUCUCCUCAGACAAUUCCCUGUGCGCGCAGUAUGAAUUCUUUAAAGGUUUUCUGUUUUAAGUCUUUAAAACUGUUCGCCUUAAACAACAAAUGGGAUGUUGUCUUUAUGUGCCUCUAGCAAACUUUACUUUAAUUUGCUUCUGAGAUAAAAUCUGUAUCUGAACAGAGCGGGGAGGCGGAUUACAGGAAGAUCUGUGUGGUACAGUUUAUCAGAAGCUGCCUGUGGUUUCGACGCGCAACCAUCGCACACUGCGCGUUUCAAACCAAUGGAAAAUAAACUGGAAGGCAGAAUGAGCGACAUAAGCACUGCGAUUGUGGAUUCAACAGAAACACGAGGAAGUGCUUCGAUAGAAAACGGGUACAGUAACAUUAAAUUAACUAAUAACGAAGUGCACUUUUUAUCUUCCGUGCGUAAUUAUGGAAGUACGGGGGCUUUAGUUCACAGUGUAAAUGUUAGCGGCAGUGGCGAGCCAGUUUUCAAAGAGUUUAACUUGCUUGACGCACCAGCGACUAGUAAACCUUUUCUUGAUCGCGGUAACAGUGAGUAUCUCAAGUGCGAUUCGGUACCCUGGGAGGAUUUUGUUAAAAGAACCAGUGCUGCUGCAAACCAGUCUGCAAUUCUCUCUACGUCAUGUAAAUACAUCAAGGAUGAGAAGGAGCCUUCUGUGAUUAUGAACAGUCCCUGUACCAGCUUCGACGCUCCCGCGGACUUGAGCGCACUGGACACCUGUUGCGAGCCGCAGAGAAAACAGCCGCUGGGUCUGCCCGAGAGCGAGCCUAACACUUACAGCCCAGGGGCUCCGCGGUCUGUCCAGGAUGGAUCUACCAACUUUCUGAUUGACCUAAGCUCAUCAGAUCCGCUGGUACAGGUCAGGACUGAGUCCAGGAGCUCUCUGUCCGGUAAACCUUUGGUCAGCUUUGACGUGAGCGCGCACACGUCCCCUCCACAGCACUCUCAAGCUAUGUUCAAGAGCGAAGUGUCCCGCUGGCCGAUGCACACGACUCCCGUCGAGCCGCACUUCUGGAGCCAGUCCCAGGGUGUCUCAGAGGAGCCCUAUACUCAUGCGCCCUACGAGAGCAUCCCGAGCCAGAGCCUGGUCCAGAGGAACCCUUCACCUUUCUCCACAUUCCCAGGCAUGCCCCCUCAGAGGCAGUGUGUGAUUUGUGGCGAUGAGGCGUCAGGCUGUCACUAUGGCGUUUUAACCUGUGGGAGCUGCAAAGUAUUUUUCAAGAGAGCUGUAGAAGGCCAUCACAGCUAUUUGUGUGCCGGCCGAAAUGACUGUAUUGUGGACAAAAUAAGGAGGAAAAAUUGCCCAGCUUGUCGCCUCAGAAAGUGCUACCAGGCUGGGAUGAUGCUCGGAGGCAGGAAGCUGAAACGUUUUGGGGCCUUGAAAGCCUUGGGUCUGUCCCCCUCCCUUAUGUUCCAGUCCCACUUGGCCAUGUCAGGAGAAAACCAGGCCCUGAACUCUAUGUCUUGCAUCCCUGGCAUACGAGAUGUACAGCUCUCCCAUCAGAUCAUCAGUAUUCUUGAGAACAUUGAGCCAGAGAUAGUGUAUGCUGGAUACGACAACACACAGCCCGAAGUGCCACACAUCCUGCUCAACAGUCUGAACCGGCUGUGUGAGAAACAGCUGCUGUGGAUCGUCAAAUGGUCCAAGUCUCUGCCAGGAUUUCGUAAUCUGCACAUCAACGACCAGAUGACCCUGAUCCAGUAUUCAUGGAUGAACUUAAUGGUAUUCUCUCUAGGGUGGCGAACCUUUCAGAACGUCACCAGUGAAUAUUUGUACUUUGCACCUGAUCUGGUUCUCAGUCAGGAGCAGAUGAGGAGAUCACCCAUCUAUGACCUCUGCUUGGCAAUCCAGUUCAUUCCUCAGGAGUUUGCGAAUCUGCAGGUCACUCGAGACGAGUUUCUCUGCAUGAAAGCCAUAAUCCUCCUGAACACAGUGCCUCUAGAAGGACUCAAGAGUCAAGCAGCAUUUGAAGAGAUGAGGCAGAGCUAUAUUCGAGAACUGAGCAAAAUCAUCCACCUGAAGGAAAAGGGCGUAGUGGCAACUUCACAGAGAUUUUACCACUUGACCAAACUAAUGGAUGCCAUGCAUGAUAUAGUGAAGAAGGUCAACUUGUACUGUCUGAGCACAUUUAUACAAGCUGACGCCAUGAAGGUAGAGUUCCCUGAAAUGAUGUCAGAAGUCAUUGCCUCUCAGCUGCCCAAGGUGCUGGCCGGUAUGGUGAGGCCACUGCUGUUCCACACAAAGUAAAUGUACCAGUGUGAAUGUCAUGUUACUGGAUCUAUCUCCACUCAAAUUCUGGAGACAUACAGCCAUGUAUGUAAAGUUACUUCUGCCUAAUUGCCUCAGUUUUUUUUUUGUUCCUCAAAUGAUCCCUUUUAAUACAGUUUUAAUCCACAAAUAUAUUAAAAAUGAUAUCCACAAUAUGCUAGCCACCCUUAUUUAUUCGUUCUUGUGACAGGUUGUACCAGCUACUGACCUGGACAGCCCUAUAAUUGAAUGCAACAAUGAGCACAAAAGGAACUGUGAUAAACUUCAGGGAGGAGAAAAUUACUGUAACAUAAUUAGAGUUAUAUCACAAUUACACACCCCUGCCUUGACUUGUGAAUUGUAACAACUAAUGUAAUUGUUUCACUGCAAAUUUAACAAUGCAUUUUGAGAGCUGGCUUAAUUUUACAUAUUUAAUUAUUCUUUUGACAGAAUGAGAUCAGUCUAGAGUAAUUAAUACCCAGCUUUAAUUUAAAGAACAUUAUUUUAUGGACGCAGUCAAG